GUGUGUAUGUAUAUGUACUCAGUGGUAUCGAAUAAGAACAAGGAAAGCUUCCCUCUGUAGAUAUGUUGACAAUCUCAAUUUUGUUACUUAGAAUAUAUCAUAAAAAUCUUCAAAGAAUUUGACAUGGAUAUAGUAAUCAUUUUAAGCCAGAGUUUAGAUUAUUUCUGAGCUUGGUCUAACAAUUAUUAUAAGUUAUUCAACUCUACUGAAUCCAAAACAUCUGCACACACUCUGCUCACCAACAGCAUGUUCCAAAAUACUGCAGGCAAAAACACUGUGCCGACAUUUUGCCCUUUUCACUGAAAUCUGCUCAUAACAUUCAGACCACCAGGCUGCUCUGGAUCCAGACAUCAUGACAUCAUCUUUCUAAUCACACGUAUGGCCGAUCACCGGGAUCAUCAGCAGGGCCGUUGUGGUGCUGACUCCUCCUGUUCUCUGUUUGUCCUCAGUCACCCGAGUCCAGCAGAGUUUGUGGAGGUUCUGUCUGAGGUCAGGAGGGUGGAGGAGAGGUUACGGCCCUUCAUAGAGAGGACCCACUCAAUACUCGGGGCAGCCACCUCAGCAGACUACAACAACAAUACCCAGGAAAGAGAGGAGGAUCAGCGCAUUCUCAACGUGGUCGGAGAUGCUCUGCGUCUCCUUGGCAACAGCUUAGUUGUCCUCGGUGACCUACACUGUAACCUGGCGACCUCUCCUCCACGUCGCCUGUAUGUGGCUCGUCCAAUGGCCCACUACACCCAGCCGGUCCUGCUCCGGGCUGGUUUGCCUCACAUGCCCCUUCCAAUAAACUUAGGGACAACAAUGACCAUGACAUCUAAUGGGAGACAGACAGCUGAAGGACAACGCCAGCCGUCUCACAGCGCUGGCCAAUCGGAUCAGCAGGCGACAGGCCAGAUUCAGUCAAACGGGACCAGUCAUCAACAAGGACAGGGAGGACCCCGAGUAAUCCGGGUCACCCACCAGACCAUGGAGCCGGUAGUCAUGAUGCAGGUGAACGUUGAUGGCGAGUCAGCUGCUGGGUCUCAGGUUCCAGGACAGCCAAACACCGCAGGUACUGGACAGCCUGGACUGCCCCAGGUCCACUUGCCAGGCCUGCCCCCUGAGUUCAUGCAGGCCAUUGUGCAUCAGAUCUCCCACCAAGCUGCCGUCAUGGCCACUGCAGUCUCAGCCGGCCACCCAGCACAGAUGCAGUCUGUCCCUAGCUCAGCUCCCAACGUGGAGGGAGCUGCUUCCCCACAGCCCCCUCACCCUGCUCAGGCGAGGGUGGUCAUCACCAGACCAUCCUUCUCCCCCCACAUCCCUCAGCCUGUGGGACCCCGAGGAACCACCAUCAACCUGCAGGUCACAGAACCCGCAGCUGGUCAGCAGCCAGAACAGGGCCCUCCUCUGGCUCCCUCCUCCCUCACCCAGAUGAUCAGUGGUCUGGUGGGACAGCUCCUGAUGCCGGGGCAGACAGGUGAUCCCAUGUCCACGUCCUCUUUGUCCAGCUCUCAGUCCUCCUUUUCUACCUCCUCCUCGUCUGAUUCAUCCACCACAUCCCCCCCCCCUCCCUAUGCCAACACCUCCGGACAGACAUCCACCCACACCACCAAUACUACCUCCAUAGGCCUGCCAGCAGAGGGCAGUCCUGAGGGAAAUCUGGCCCAGCUGCUGGGCUCUCUGCUGGGCGGACCAGGAGGUCCUGGCUCUGGAGCAGCUCCCUCCAUCACUGUGACAAUGCCGGGGUUGCCGGCCUUCUUCCAGGGCAUGUCAGACUUCAUACAGCCAACUGCGAGUGGAGCUAGUGCCCCAGUCCCCCCUCAGUCCAGUGGUCCCGCCCCCGCUCAGGCCGGCAGCGGUUCGGGUGGAGACUCUCUGAGCCCGGAGCUGUUCACCGGCAUCGUGCAGGGAGUGCUGUCCACCAUGAUGAGCUCUCUGGGGGCCCAUCAGGGCCAUGGAGAGAGCAUCGCCCAGUUCAUCCAAAGACUGUCCCAGACCAGCAACCUUUUCACUCCUGGCUCUGGAGAUGCUGUGGGGUUCUUUGGUGAUCUGCUGUCCCUGGUGUGUCAGAGCUUCUCCAUGGUGGACAUGGUGCUGCUGCUUCAUGGGAACGCCCAGCCUGUGAGUCGCAUCCAGCCGCAGCUCACUGACUUCUUCACUGAACACUACCUUCAGGGCAGAGAGCCCACUGACGCUAACAUAGCUACAGCAGCCGAGGAGCUCAUUAACGGACUGGAGGAGUACGUAGCUGAGAGCUUUGCCACGGUGACGGUGCGAGACGGAGUGGACAUCGUUCAGAGCAACCUGUCUUUCCUCAGACAGCAGUUCACGCAGAUGGCCUCACAUAUCCUGCACCACAAUGAUCACACGUUUGGCCCCCAUCUGCUGCUGCUGUGCACUCAGGGCCUGUUUGAGUGUCUGGCUCUGAACCUGUACUGCCUCGGAGGAGAGCAGAGAUCUCUGACUGCCGUCAUCAACCACCGCAUUAGGAGGAUGUCUGCAGAAGUCAAUCCCAGUCUGGUCAACUGGCUGACCAGUAUGAUGUCUAUGAGGCUGCAUGUCAUUCUGGAACACAACCCGAUUACUGAGGACCAGAUCCAGCACUACAUCAUCUAUGCACAGAUGGAAGAGAGUUUGUCUCCGGCUCCAGCCACCACAGCAGAGGAGGCCAUGGCUUCGUCAGGCGACAGUGGAGAGAGGGGAGCAUCUCCCGGAGAAAGCACGGCCUUAUCAGGGUACACUCCUGCUGGGGCCCCGACAGGACUGGAGGGGGCGGCCCCUGAGGUGGAGCCAUGGGCAGCAGCUGUUCCACCUGAAUGGGUUCCCAUCAUCAGACAUGACAUGCUGUCUCAGAGGAAGAUCAAAGCUCAGCCACCGCUGUCCGACGCCUACCUGCACGGUAUGCCCGCCAAGAGGAGGAAGACAACCCAGUGUGAAGGGCCACACCUGUCCCUGUCAGACGCAGUGAGUCAAGCUGCUCGAGCUGCAGGAGCCCAUCCUGCCACUGACCCACACAGCCUGCAGGGGGAGCUGGAGAGGCCAGAGUUGCAGGAAGCAUAUGCCAAACAGGUGAAGAGGGACAUCAGAGAGCGAGUGAGAGACAAUCCAAACUACAACACCCGGCGAUUCCCCAACACACACCAAGCUUUCUCUAUAGAGGACUCGUAAUCUUCCUCCACCUUGUGCUACCAGCAGGUCCACAACAGGAUCUCUACACACUAGCUGCAGCAUGGAACUCUGUGGUAUCGUCCCAUUGUGAACUCGGCCUGAAAGGACUGCUGACUUCAGUGAGUGCGACAUCCCCUGCUGUGGUUGGUUAGGAUGGAAAGACCUGCCGACUGUGGACCUUCCACAGCACACGGCUGAAAGAAGUGUGAGCUGCGUCAUCUCAUUACCUCUGACAGAACAAUGAUGGAAUCAGUUAGUGCAGUGUCGGGAUACCUCACACUGAAUAAUAAAGUCAUAAUGUCAUAAUAUUAGCAGAGUACUGUUGUAAAAUUGUGAAGGACAAAGUGGUAAAUUAGCUUGACAUUUUACUUCAAUACAAUAUUUCAAGAACAAAGUAAAUAUUAUGAGCAAAUACUAAUCAUCCCUCGUAGUAAACGGUGACAUUGUCUCAACACAAGUCAUCUGCAAGAACUAAUAGUAGCUGUUCCAUAUGUUUAUGGACUGAAGAUGCAAAAUCAUGCACAAUGCAAUGUGAUCUGUAAUUACAUUAAAUGUGAUGUUCUUUGCAAACUUUUGCUUAAAAUAUCAUGACUUUAUUCUCAUAUGGCUUAAUUCUCAAGAUGACUUUGUCCUCAAAACCUCCGAUUUCUCCCCAGCAGUGGUCCUGAGACACUGAGUGCUUCUCUCACGCUCUACAGAUGUCGUUGCAUUAUAUAUCUGUCCAAGGAAAAGCUGUAAAUGAUUGUACAUAGUAACUGGUAAGUGAUGUCAGGGUCAGUCUGGUAGGUAGUGUUGCUCACAUCUUGCUUUUCAGUAAAUGAUGACUUCUGGACUGAAGACUGAGACCGUUAGGCUCCACAGAGGAGGCUCGCUGUCUGUGGGGGGGAGGCGGGACUAUUGCACACAAUGUAUUUGUUAUUAAUGAUAAUUAGAAUAUCAACGUUCAUUGCAUUCCUAGUUAGUUGAUUUGUUUUUGACACUGUGAAUCCAUAGCAGCCAUCUCCAUCAGUGUAUCGGCCCAGAGCAUGGGCAAAUAAAUCCAGAACACAACCACAGCAGCUCAUAGUUUUCAGCGUUGUAUGGGCGACAGUAGCCUGGUAAUAUUUCAACAGGACACUUCAGUGAUGUGUUCAUAAUCUGUGAGUGAGGCACAGCUGCAGUCAGUAGAGGUUUGUCAAACUCAAGGGUUGCUUUGUGCUUGUUAACAUCACUGAAAUAAAUUGACUUCUGAAUAAA